UACAGCCAGGAGGACACAGGCACACACUGUCACUGACAGGAAAAAGAGAACACAAGGAGAAACAGACUGAGUGAGUACACUCCUUCUCCACCUCCAUCUCUGUCUCUCUUUCUGCAUUUGACCCCUAACCCUAUGGACUUGGGUCCUGCUUAGCUAGCUGGAUUCAGAGUGUGGGAUUUUCUCCAAGAUGCAGGCACAGUUGGCGUUUGUGCUUCUCCUCUGUUUGACGUGUGGCAUAUUAUGUUCAGGGAGUCGGCCCACGCACAGGGGUCCCCACAGGCAGCGGCAGGGGCUUCACACCAUCCAAUACCACACGCUCAAACUAGAUUAUGAUACAGCCGGCUUGGAGCUAGAUAAGAGCAAGCAGAACGCCCCCUACUGGCAUGUGUCCCUGGUGAACGUGUGCAGGAUGGUGAACAGCCUGAUAAACAGCCGGUUGUGGAGAGAACAGGAGGAGUAUAACACUGGGGAUGAGCUGGGGGAGAGGCUGGCCUCCCUGCUGGAGCCCUUGGAUAAGCUUCUCGAUCUACAGCACAUCUGCAGAGUACUGCAGCCCCGAGAGCUCCUUGACAACUCUCAAGAGUACCUAGACGCCGAUCAAAACAGUGACAACCCGCUCAAAAGGAAAUCACCGUAUAUUUUUAGGAGGCAAGUGAAAAACACCAAAGCUCGGAGGCCGUACAUCUUGAAGCGGGGUACAUUCUACUGAUCCACCCCCGGGAGGAGAAAGAAAGACUCUAUACAUUCUGUGGAUAUGUGACCAUACGUGCUCUCUGUUGUACUGUUAUUACUGAUGUUUCCGCAGUGUUUUGUCCAUACAGAUGAUAUCUCAAACCUGUGUCUGUCACUAUAGGUCUCUACUCACAUUCUAGGCCCAAUCCUGCUCCAAAAAGAGAGGACCAUUUGAAAUAAAAGCAAACAAAAGCAGUAAGCAAAUGUGUAUCUUUUGAGAGACUUUAUAUUUACUAUAUUUGUUCACUCCAUGUGUUUUCUUUCCAAUGUGAUUAAACAAUACAUAUUUCAAAACCA